AUGAACGAGGGCAGGCCAAGAGAGAGUUUGGUGCAAUAUGACAACCCAAUUGAGGUUGGAUCUGGAUAUGACACAAUGGAGCAGGCUAAAACAAAAUCCUUUGGGUCUAAGAGGAGUCAUUUGCCACCAAUUGAGGCUAAACCAUCCACUGAGGAUAUUCUAAAUGCUAUCCUACCUCCAAGAGAGUGGGUUGAAAGCGGCAAGCGUUACAUCCAAUACGUGUCCCAUAAAGCUCCUUCCAGAGUAGAUGUUGCAUGCCUCAGAGAAAUGUUAGAUGAGAAAUUAAUGGAAAGGCAGGCAAGGGAAAGCGGCAUUUGCCCUGUCAGAGAAGAACUGUUCUCCCAAUGCUUUGAUGAAAUCAUCAGACAAGUUACUAUCAAUGAGUCAGAGAGAGGACUCCUACUGCUCAGAGUUAGAGAUGAAAUCAAAAUGACUAUCUCUGCUUAUCAGACCCUGUACCAAAGCGCAGUUACUUUUGGAAUGAGAAAACAGCUACAAGCAGAACAUGGUAAAGCUGAGCUUGAAAGUAGAAUCGAGGAGCUUGAAGAAAGAAAAACUAAAUUACAAAAUAAAGUAAUCGAACUCAAAAGCAAAAUUGAGGCAAUUGAAAAUAGAAAUAAGGAAAGAAAAGAAAUAGAGCAAGAGAAGAGGGAGAAAGAGAUAGACUUUCUUAAAUACCAGGAAUCUCAUCUUUCUAAGUUCCUGAAGAGUCUGACUGAAAAAUAA